AUGGAGCUCUCCGAUGAGCGUGAGAAUGACUAUCUGCGCUUCCUGCGUGGUAUGCGGCCAGAUGAUGCUAAUAUUCAGACUUGUAUGCCGGACCAAUCGUCCGAAUUGGAUUUUCGCACGUCAUUCGUAGAAUCUGAUGAACUGCCCGAGAUUGACCAUGAUGGAGCUGAAUUUGCCAGGAUGUUGUUGGCUCAGGCUGAACAGGAACAGAAGGAAUCGGAAACAGAGGAGGCUUCUAUUGUAGUGACUGGGAUGCUGCCAUUAUCUUCUGCACGUGUAGUAGUAGAGGAUGAUUACACCAGUCGAGAUACCGAGAUAAUAACUUUAGCAGACGACAUGGCCGUCCCGAUCGCGUCUAAGGACCGCUGCCGAUACUACAACAAAGGACGUACGAGAUGUAAACGAGCUGCUACAGGAUUGGACGGACGUUGCACGAUUCACAAGCUCAGUCAGUUUUGCAAACACCCUAAAUGCAGCAAGUUUAACCAGGGAGUUGGCUAUUGCAUUAAGCACGGUGGUGGCAAAAAGUGCAAGCAGGAUGGCUGCGAUAAACAGGUUCAGGGAUACGGCUUUUGCUCGGGUCAUGGUGGAAAGCCUUUGUGUCCUAUUGAAAGCUGUGAGAACAAGAGGAUGGAAGGAGGAUAUUGCAAAGCACACGGCGGCGGUAGAUUCUGUCAGCACGAAGGAUGCAAGAAACGAGAUAUCGGUGGUGGCCGAUGUAUUUCGCACGGCGGUGGCAAGAAAUGUCAGGCAAAGGAUUGCACAAAAGUAGACCGAGGUGGUGGUUUUUGCAAGGCCCAUGGCGGUGGUAAGAAAUGCGAAGUUGAUGACUGCAAGAAUUGGGCACUUGGUGGGGGCAUUUGCCUGAAGCAUAAAGGCCCAGGCAAGCGUUGCAAAACGCUUGGAUGCACGAAAUACGACCUGGGAGGAGGGCACUGCAUCGCCCAUGGCGGUGGACGCAAGUGUAUUGUGGAAGGCUGCGAUAAGAUUCGUCAGGUAAACAAACGCUGUCGUGGCCAUGGCGGCAAGGUUUUGUGCAGCGUGCCCAAUUGUGACCGUGCAGCGCAGAACCGCAAACUCUGCAAAGGUCAUGGAGGGGGGAAACUAUGUCAACACGAGGGGUGCACCAACAAGCAAAAAGGCAAAGGACUUUGUAUUCGUCACGGAGGUGGUACGAAAUGCAAAGAGAAUAACUGCAGUGCAAUAGACCGAGGUGGAGGCUAUUGCAAGGGCCACGGUGGCGGGAAAAAGUGCUCGUUUGCGUACUGCAACAAGUGGGUCGUUGGCGGUGGUAUUUGCGAGGAUCACAUGGAACUGGAGCUUUCCCAUCAGCCCGAAGACAUGUCUCGUAUUGCAGCAAACUUAUAUUUAACCAGCGAGUCCGUCGCAACAAUCUAA